AUGGCAUUCCCGAACGCUAUUACGGGAGGAUGCCUCUGUGGCUCAAUCCGCUACUCAAUAUCUGCGUCCGGCGAAAGCCCAUGGCCGCCUCAGUCAUCGGCCUGUCAAUGCACAAUGUGUCGCAAGUGGACAUCGUCCCUCAUUGCUCAAUUCAUCAUCGUUUUGCCGGCACAGUUGAGUCCUCCAUUUCACACUCAGGAGACAUUCGAGGAGUACGAAUCAUCACCUGGCCGUUACCGAGGAUUUUGUAAGCGAUGUGGGACCUCGUUAGUUUGGCGCUCAACAGACGAUGGCAGCACAGUCGAUGUAUUUCUGGGGACAGUCGAUGAAAGAUGGCUUGUCCAUGAGGAUGAAGGCAAGGUUGGGCAGGCACUUGGGAGACCAAAUGGAACGCAGUUUUGGAUGGAGAAUGCGAUCCCGGGUGUGACUGAUCUCAUGAAGGGAGGAAAAGAGUUUCUGAGGGAGGGCGAAGAUGGGUGGGAGAGAAAAAAAGAGUAA